AUGAGCUCCAAACGGAAGUCCGACAAGAAGGUGCAGCGGGCUGCAAUGCUUCUCAAGCUGUCGAAGAAGGGAUCGGCAAUGACGGUCAAUCAAGCUAUGGAAUUUGCGGGGUAUGAAGACGACGAAUUGGGAAACCAAGCCACAAAGAAAGCAAUUUAUAGAGCAAGAGAUUCCAUGGAAACACCAGAGAAGAAGCCUCAAACAUCAAGGGCACUAGUAGCAGUUCCUGCGAACGAGCCUCCUCCACAUGGGAUGCAAGCUCCGGUUGCGAGAAGAAUCGUCCACGCUGUCGCCCCCACUGCUCCAUCAAAAAUGCGACUAACUUGUCGACAAGCAUACGGACAGCGACAGCAUGACGCAGAACAAAAGAAGCUUCGACAGGAAAUCUUUCUUGAGGCCUGUAACAUGUGGAAGGAGGAGUGCGACAAGAAGGAAGAAGCCGUGGCGAGGGGCGAAAAGUAUCGACCCAAAUCAGCUGAAGACAUUUGUAUUGAACUAAAUCAGCAACACAAGGACGUUCUAGACAAACGCAUAUCACCACGAACCGUCCGAGAACACGUCAAAGAUGGCAGAGUUGGUGGUCUACAGCGAAGAGGACCAAAAGGAAGAAUUCCAGAGGACUUGUACCGAGCGCUAUGCGACGCAAUCAAAUCCUACGCUAUCCUUUCACAACAAGAGGCUACAAAGGUAUCAAAUCUUAGGCCUGGUCUUAUCAAGAAGCUCAAUGCGGUUGUAAAGAGCAAAGAAGGGCCCGAUUUGAGACCAGGAAGGAAGCUUUUUGAGCGGAUUGAAAGAGAUGUCGCUGAUGAGAUAGACCUUGGCAAACCCAACCGAAUCGAACAAAGGAGAGCCAAGUGGAGUACCUACAGUAAUAUCAACCAAUGGUUCACCGCUUUCAAGGAUUUCCUUGUUCAACAUGGCUUUGCGGAGCAUGUGCCUGAAGAAGAAUGGGCCGAACGUGGAGAGCUUGUCUUUGGA